AUGAGGGAAGAGGUUAACAAGAACAAGAAGAAAAACAACAAGAAGAAUGAAAAACAGCAAGAAAGAGUCUCAAAAUCCAAAGCAGCAGCAGCAGCAGCAGCGUUCUUAACAUGUCACAGCAGCAACCGGAAGCGUCUCCAUCAUCUCCACCCUCACCCUCAACACCAACACCAUCUCCGUUGGUCAACCACCGUCUCCGACUCGGAGCCUGAUACAACCACCGUCACUCGUAGCCUUCCCAGCUCUGACUUCCUCCUCAUGCACAUGACUUCACGUGCCAACAAGGACAACAACAAUAACAACAAUGCAUGUUGUUCUUCUCUCGCCAGUUGCCCUGCUUUCAGCUUGGCUUCUUUGGAUGACAAGCGUCCUUCCACUCCUUCUCCUGUUUGCAGCCCUCUUUCCUCUGAUCUCCUCCUUCAUAACAUCACUUCUCCUUCUCCUCCUCCUCCUCAUCAUCAUCAUCAUCCUGAUGAUCACCAGAGCAUCUGUGUCAUGGCUAAUGGCUGCUGCAAGAAGUUGGUGGUAGGAGAUGAAGUUUCUCCUCUUCACAAGAUCAUCAGAGAGGGUGGUGAAGGUGGUGUGGAGAAGCAAAGUUGGACACCAAAGUCCAAUGGGAGUGCUGCAAGUAGGUUGUCUAGAUCAGCUUGUAGGUAUUUGCAGUGUGACAAGGAGAUUAUUAUGGGAGACAUUAACUGUGAGGAUGGUGGGAGAGUAAUGUUGCCUGUUUUGGUUGAAGAGAAAGAAGAUAAGGGAUGUAACAAAGGAGACCAUCACCUCCCUCUACCAACUCAGUCUUCACACUUCUCUGCAGAUGAUGAUGAGUAUUACACUGGAAGCAGUAGUGGUGGUAGAGGCAGUGAAGAAUAUGAUGUGAACUCUGAAAAUGAGAUCACUGUUGAGAAAGAAGAGAGACUUAGGCCGACGAGGGACAGGCCGAUGAAUGGAAUCGUCGUUGCCACGGAUAUCAGGACUGAAGUUGAGGCUAAGCUCAAUGCUUGGAAGGAGGCGAAAACCUACAAACUCUUGAACAGAUUGAGGAACGAAGAGGCUACGAUCGCAGAAUGGGAAAGGAAGGAGAUGGAGAAGGCGAAGAUAGAGAUGAAAAGGCUGGAGAUGAAGCUGGCAAAACAGCGGGAGAGAGCGAUAAUGCGAAUGCAUAGAAAGAUCAGGCAUACAAAGGAACACGCUGAACAAAAGAUGCUCAAGGAAAGGGAGACGACAGCACGGAAGAUCUCUAGUGUGAGCAAGUCAUUUGACGGCAUCAACACCUGGAAGAUCUCAUGGAGGCUCAUCUGCUGUUGA